GAGUCGUGGAAACUCUGCCUCGGUUACUGUCACUUCUUCCGAAAUCAGGCUCUUUGGAGAGGACACAGGAUGCAUCAAAAGCAGAGGAUGGAGCCCGUGACCUUUGAGGAUGUGGCUGUGAACUUCACUCUAGGAGAGUGGGCUCUGCUGGAUUUCAGUCAGAAGAAGCUCUACAGAGAUGUGAUGACGGAGACCUUUAUGAACCUGAUCUCCAUAGGGAAAACAGAGGAAAAAGAAAAUAUUGAAGACAACUACCAAAAUCUCAGGAAAAAUGUGAGAACUCAGGUGGUUGAGAGGAGUUGUGACUACAGAGAUGGUAGUCAGUGUGGAGAAACCCAGCAACAGAUUCCAGAACAUAUCGUUCAUAGAGGCACACCUCCUGAAAUAACAGUGUGUGAAAACAGUGUGCUUGCAAGAGAGGCCCUUGUUCAUUCAUCCUCACAUGUGCACCUCAGAUGUGAAACUGCAGAGAAACCCUAUGGGUCACAGGAACCUGUGGAGAAGGCUUUUACACGGGAGAGGUGUUGGAAAGAUUCUACUUAUUCUGAGUCCUUUCAGACAAAUCAAAGUCCUCCUCGAGAGACACCCUAUCAAAAUAAGCAAUCUAAUAAAGCCUAUAGGAGUCAUUCUGACCAGUAUUGUGAGCGAAUUCACGCUGGAGAUAAACUCCAUGAAUGGAAGCAAGUUGAGAAAGCAUUCUGGAGGUACAGUUAUGGUCAAAUAUAUGAAAGGAUCACCAUUGGAGAGAAACGGUUUGUGUGUAAGCAGUAUGGUGAAGCCUUGGUUAAUUCCAGUCACCUAAUUAAACAUGAAGCAAUUCACCCCGAAGAGAAAUGUUACACAUGUAAGCAGUGCGGGAAAGCAUUCAGAUAUUCCUCAUCCCUCCAGAACCAUGAAAGAAUUCAUAGCGGGGAGAGGCCAUAUGUAUGUAAGCAAUGUGGAAAAGCCUUCAUUCGUUCCUAUGACCUUCUUAUCCAUGAGAGAAUUCACAGUGGAGAAAAACCUUACACAUGUGAGCAUUGUGGAAAAUCUUUCACCCAUUACAGCGGCUGGUACAGUCAUGAAAGGAUUCACACUAGAGAGAAACCGUAUGUAUGCACACAGUGUGGAAAAGCAUUUUCAUGUUCCACAUCGUUUCGGAGGCAUGAAAGAAUUCACACUGGAGAGAAACCUUAUCUAUGUAAGCACUGUGGAAAAGCCUUUACCCAUUCCAGUGCUCGUUAUAUUCACGAGAGAAUUCACACCGGAGAGAAGCCCUAUGUUUGUAAGCACUGUGGAAAAGCGUUCCUCCGUGCCAGUCAUCUCAACAACCAUGAAAGAAUUCAUACUGGAGAGAAACCAUAUGUUUGUAAACAUUGUGGGAAAGCCUUCAUCCAACGUGAUGCUUGUUAUAAUCAUGAAAGAAUUCACACUGGAGAGAAACCAUAUGUAUGUAAGGAAUGUGGGAAAGCAUUUAGGAUUUCCACAUCUCUUCGUGACCAUGAAAGAAUUCACACUGGAGAAAAACCUUAUAUAUGCAAUUAUUGUGGGAAAGCGUUUAGGGUUUCCACAUGCCUUCACAAACAUGAACGAGCUCACACUGAAAAGAAACCCAGUGGGUAGAACUUAAGACUAUGUGUAUCAUGUGGAAUUAUCUUUGAUCAACUUGCUGUUAGGAAGUGUCUGCAGGGUCAGUCAGAUGGCUUGGGUAGAAGCACUUGCCCCAAGUGUAACAGCCAUAGUUGGAUCCUCAGAACCCUGUGCAGAGAGAACAGAGUCUCCAAGGCUUGCCUCUGACUUGCACACAUGUACCAUCAUUCAUAUGCAUACCCUCACAUACACAUAUAAAUAAAUGGGAU